AUAGUUCUACAGCCCGCCUCUCCUGCGGAGGUGAAGCCUGGGACGUUGCGUGUCUCCGCCCCGCGGUGCAGCUAGGGGGUGUGCUUUGGGGGGGGACAUAAGGAAUAGCUAAAUAAGAGGAGGGUCCAGGGUCGCAACGCGCUCUGCCCUUCCCUAGCUUCUAGGCACCAAGCCUGCACGAGCCUCAAGGGUGAUUUUUCCUUGGGCCCAAUAUGAUACUAACCAAAGCCCAGUACGAGGAGAUAGCCCAGUGCCUAGUGUCUGUACCGCCCACUAGGCAGAGCCUGAGGAAGCUGAAGCAGAGGUUCCCCAGUCAAUCGCAGGCCACUCUGCUGAGCAUCUUCUCCCAGGAGUACCAGAAACAUAUUAAAAGAACACAUGCCAAACAUCACACUCCAGAAGCGAUUGAAAGUUAUUACCAGAGGUACCUGAAGGGCGUGGGGAAGAACAGAGCAGCCCCCGUGCUCUUGGAGCUGGCCAAUGAGGUGGACUAUGCACCCUCAUUAAUGGCUCGGAUUAUCCUGGAGAGAUUUCUACAGGGGCAUGAACAGACUCCACCCUCCAAGUCUGUUAUAAACAGUAUGCUGCGGGACCCUUCUCAGAUUCCAGAUGGAGUUCUAGCAAACCAAAUCUAUCAGUGCAUCGUGAACGACUGCUGUUACGGACCACUGGUGGACUGCAUCAAGCAUGCUAUUGGCUAUGAGCAUGAAGUCCUGCUGAGAGACUUGCUUCUGAAGAGAAACCUGUCGUUCCUAGAUGAGGAUCAGCUCCGUGCAAAGGGCUAUGACAAAACCCCAGACUUCAUUUUACAGGUGCCAGUUGGUUCGGGCCAGGCUUGGUCAUCUAUUGGUAUGGAUUCAUCCAGGAACUGGACUGCAACCGGGAAAGAGGCAUCCUGCUCAAAGCCUCUUUCCCAACAGACAUCGUCACCUUAUGCCAUAGCACAGCUUGACCCCGAAGAUCCUGGAAAAGAAGCCGGAAGCAAUGUUACUUUCCUGCUGUAUAAACUGCUGGCAACAUCUGCCCUGAACUUCAGCUGAACCCUGGCUGCAGCCGUCGCAGCCCUACCUCUCUAGACAAACAUAUCAAGAGUUUCUGUUUUCCUUCAUCCCUGGGUGAUGUGAAUAGCCAAGAACUACAGACACAACCCACUCAUUAUCAGCAUUUCUGUCUCUGACAAACAGUUAGUUCAUAGAUAGUCAUAAUCUUGCUUCCUUCCGAAUGCUUUCUCCUUGUGUACUGAACAGAAGAGACAGUAUGAAGACUGAAAGGUGUGAGUUUUCACUUCGCCUCCCUGUGAUCAAAUAUUUUUUAUUUUUUCUUCUAAACUUCCAUUCAUAUUCUCUCUCACUCUCCCUUCAUCUGUCUGUGUGUGUGUCUGUCGGUCUCUGUGUGUCUGUCUGUGUGUGUCUGCGUGUUUCUUUGUUUCCCUCCCUCCGUGUGUGUGUGUGUGUGUGUGUGUGUGUCUUUGUGUCUGUGUCUUUCUCUCCCCCUCCCUCCCUCCCCUUUCUUCCUUCCCCCCAGUCUCUUAGAGGGUACACUGGUAUUGACUGUUGCAUUACCACCAGGGAAUAACCUAGCACAAACCUAAAAAAGCUGGAGACAGGAAGUUCAUAAGUAAGUGUUCCUUCUCACCUGGGGCUCCGCAGAGCCGGACUGGAGCCUUUUCUGUGGAGUCUUGUGGCCUCCUGACUUCUGUGGCAUUCAGCCAAGCUGCAAAAAUCCCCCUUGAUGAGAAUUUCCUCUUUUCAUAAAGUUGAUUUGAACACCAAACACUUCACAUUGACCUCACCUUCAAGUAUGAGUUGCAGUUGUGUCUGGAAAGCUACGCUCCUUUGGCUUGGGACUGAGGCAGAGGACUGACCCCUAGCCUCCUGUCUACAGUGGCCCUCUAAACCACACUGCCGGCCAGCACAAUGUUAGCAGCUAUUUUUAUGAGAUUUUUUUUUUAAGUACAUUCAUACAUACUGCUUUGAGUCUGCAUUUUAUACUACAAAAUUGUAUAAUACUCAAAUGAUUUAGACAUUAUAAAUAGUCAGCUUUGAAUGAAUUAAGUGUAACAGAAAAAUCCUCGAGCAAUUUUUUUUAAAUAAGCAAUAUAAAAGAGAUUUUGUAUUUAUUCACUUUAAUUUCUUCACUUUUAUAUACUGCAGACCAGGCUUCAGUCAGAAGCAAAACAUCAAUAAAAUAAUUAUAAACCUAUCUUUUGGGAAAUUAAAAACUAAUCUGUUUCUCAAAAAAAAUGUAUUUUAUAAAAAUAUAUAUAUAUUUGCUCCCAUGCUUAUAAAAUGUAGCUUUUAUAAUGUUUAAUGGUUUUUUAGAAAUAAAAAAAAAAUGACUCUUAGAAACAAACACCUUAACUCUUCCUUUUGUACCUGGUUAGUGAAAAACUUGGUCUGUUGCCUUCCUCCCAAGGGUCACAAGUGUGGCAUUUCCGAGACAGGAUUUUAAGCUCUCCUGGAGCCUGAAGGAAAUCAUGGGAGAGAAGAUAGAGUUACAGUAAGGCAGCAUCAGGGAAACGCCUGUUUCCACCUACAAUACAGCGUGCAGGUUUGGUGUAUGAAAUAGAGAUGGUUUGACAGCACUACUACAUUGCCUUUAUACACAGUUUAAAGAUCCACGUCCUCCGUGGGCACCACGCAUGUACAUGCUACACAAGCAUACAUGCAGGCAAAGCACUUGUAUAAAUGUCUUAAAAAUACCUGUGCAAUAGCCCUAUACAUUGCUUGCCUGUUUAUUUUUGUAGUAUAGGCAAUCUAAGCUUCAGCCCUGGAGAGCAGUCCUGGGAUAGCUUACUUUUAUAUCUGCCGCACUUAGAGCAUUAGUAUUAAGGUCAAAUCUUUAAUAUCUUCAUGGACCAUUUUGCACACUGUGCUGAUGAACUGUGCCACGUCAGGAUGCAGGAAUAUGAAUAAAACAAAACUCUAAACAUUACUCUCUCUGCCCCAGAGACUUGCCACACACCUGUACCCACAAACUCACUAGAUCCCUUUGAACCGUGGCCAGGGAUGGACUCCAAACAAGGCUGAUCCACCAGAUGUUCAUAGUGACUGUGCCACUCCUUUCUAUCCUUCUCUCCCUUUCCUAAAAAAAUCAUAAACAAUUGAGAAUCUUUUCUUUUACCUUCCACUAAGGUGUAUGUCAACUUUUUUACACAUGAGAAAGUUCAGAGUUCUGAAGUCCACCUUUUAACAGAAGUAUUCAUUUUAAGUAUAAGCCCUCGUCACCUGCAAGGCUUAACACCACUCUGGAAAAAAAGGAUGAAUUAUUGGUCUUUGGGGAUUGCAUUAACUCCUGCGAGCCACCAGGGAGAAGGCUGCUUAGAGCCCUGAUGAGGUAGUCUAAAUAGUCUCCUGGCUGGCUACACUAAUUAACACCCAGCACCAAAGUGAACAGUUAGCUCACUGACUCUCCCUGGGGACCUGUUUACUAUCUACACUGGAACCGAGAUACCUGGUGUUUGCUCCUUUGAACCUGUUUCAGGCUUGGAAUUUCAAUUAAAUGAAAUCUAAAGAAUGAUGUGUGUUUCUUCUCUUCCUGCUUCUUCCUGGUUAUCUUCCCUUUCAUUCACCUCAAAUUUCCUUCCACACAGCUAUGCCUUCCUCUUUAUUGUUUCUUUGUAAAGAAUGAUCCCAGAAGCAACAUACGUCUUCUCUAGAUCCUUGGGAGGUCAUGACUGACUAAUCUCAUCAAGUAAAAGCAAAACUGAGGCACUUCAGCCACAACACCAGAGUGCAUAUCUCCAGUGCCUGCUGUGUGCUUAACUUAGAAAUCUUUCAUAUGAGAUUUAUGCCUUAGGUAAAUGUUUUGGCAAAAGGAGCCAACAAAGUUAGACAUGGUAGCAAACAUCUUAGUCCCCGUGCUCAAGAGACAGGGGUAGUCUGGUUUACAUAGAACUGUCCAGGCCCGCCAAGGCUACAGUAUGAGCCUCUGUCUCAGGGGGAAGAAAAAUCACAAAAGAAGGUUUUAUAGCGUCUUUCAGCCCACAUGAUUGUGUUCAGCUGAUCAUAGUUGUAAAUUAAAACAGUAAAAAUUC